UAUCGCGGCGCGCGCGAAUCUGUGGCGAAGACAUGCAGUCAGGCAAAUGGAAAAAAAAUGGCAAAGAGAGCUGAACCACCAACACUGGCUGGUGGCUCCCUCCACGAAGCACACGAAGACAGCCCGGUGGUGGUACUAACGGAGUCUUGGCGCGAGAAAAUAUUUAGUUGGGCAUUGCAUACAGGUGAGUAAUCACCUGGUUGGACUUCUUGUGCGUCACUUGUUGAAUUUUAACGGUGUUUUCGGCUAAUCCAUCGUGAGUGGGAUCACAGAGACAAGAGGCAAGUUAAUAGUAAAAAAAGACACUCUCAGAGGUGAUACGGCACAGGUGAAGAUUAUAUGUGAGACAGUGGAAGCCAAACAAAGUGUUGCCACUGUUUAUCAACGACUCUCCUCUUCAUCAAUCCUCCGUGUGGAUUUUUUUUCAGCAGUGAAUUGUGUGUGCAAACCCCCAUAAAAACAGCCAAAGUGAUCGAAUAUCGUCUUUGCAAGUGUGGAAUUAUAUAAUUUGUGCCAUAUAUAGAGUAAAUAGAAGCCAGAGAGUGCAGUUAUUAGAGAAAUUUACUUUUAUUAUAUUCGGCCACAUACCAAACUCAACAAUCAUAACACAACACUGAUUGGACGAUCGGGGCAAUAUUGCAGCACAGAGCGACAACUUUUGCCUAAAUGAUUGCACUAGUAUUUGAACCAAGAUGUGGAAGUACGUGUCUGCUCUAUUGACUCUGGGCUUGACGUCUCCUGCGGUGAAGGGUGGCCCUCUGGAUCCGUUCAGCUGGGCCAGGGCCGAUAAAUUAAGCAUCGACGUAAAUCUACCAUGGCUGCCAUUUGAGAACGAAACAAGGUGCUUCGGAGAAAUUGGCUGCCUCAACAUCACCCGCGAAUGGUACCACCUUAUCCACAGACCAUUUAAUGUGUUCCCACUUCCGAGGAAUAUCAUCAAUACACGCUUCUAUCUCUACACCCCAAAGAAUCCCAUCACGUCGCAAAAUCUCGUGGCUGAGGAUGAGAAAACCAUCACUGAGUCGAAUUUUAAUGCAGAUUGGCAGACGAAAAUCAUCAUCCAUGGUUUUAUCGAUACCCCACUAUCGAAUUGGGUCUCAGAGCUGCGAGACGAGCUGAUUGCGCGAGGGAAUCUCAAUGUCAUCGUGGUGGACUGGGCCGGGGGGUCCCUGCCCCUUUACACCCAGGCCACCGCCAAUACGCGUCUCGUUGGCUUGGAGCUGGCUUACCUGUUGCAGAAGCUGCAAGAGAUUUCCGGUUUGCGAAUGGAAGAUGUUCAUAUGAUUGGACAUUCCUUGGGAGCCCACACAGCAGCUUAUGCUGCUGAAAGAAUCCCCGGAAUUGGCAGGAUAACAGGUCUCGAUCCUGCUGAACCGUACUUCCAGGGAAUGGGUCCGUCUGUCCGGUUAGACCCCACGGAUGCGCAAUUUGUGGAUGUCAUCCACACGGAUGGUCGAAGUUUCUUCCUCCUUGAGAUUCCUGGGUAUGGGAUGUCACAGCCGUGUGGGCAUUUGGAUUUCUAUCCCAACAACGGCAAGGAGCAACCUGGAUGUGCUCUAUCCCAGGAAGGUGGCACCCUGAUUCCCCUCACACUCAUCAAAGACGGCAUUGAGGAAGCCUCGCGGGUCCUUUUAGCCUGCAACCACGUGCGCGCCAUUAAGCUCUUCAUCGACAGCAUCAACGGGAAGUGUCCGUACGUUGCUCAUCGUUGUCCUUCGUACCAGCACUUCCUCGCGGGCAGAUGCUUCAAGUGCACAGCUGGAAAUUGUGCCUACAUGGGGUACCAUGCUUCAAUGCCCGUCAUAGGGCAUCAGAACUCCUCCGAGAAUGACAUUGCAUCGGAUGUGAAUGAACCAAUGGCGCCACAGCCGGGAAAAUACUUCCUGGCCACUGGGAAAGAUUUUCCCUUCUGCCAGAGGCACUAUCGCUUCACAAUUGAGCUGGCCAAGCCGAGAGAUGCGGAAUCUUGGGUUCAGGGCUACUUAACAGCUGCAAUCUUCUCAGAUCGUGGAGCCGUACGAGGAGUUGAUCUCACACCGCGAGGGACAGCACGCCUGGAGCAUGGAACAACGUAUCAAGUGGUUGUGACAAAUCCUCAUGAUUUGGGGGAUCGUAUCCGGAAAGUUGAGCUGAAUUGGACGCAUGAGAUGAACGUGCUCCAGCCACGAUCGCUCUGUCUCCUCUUCUGGUGCAAUGAUCACUUGUACGUGAAAUCCAUCACCGUGGAGAUUAUGCAAAUGCCAUCGAGAGGAAAAAGAAACAGUGGAUCCUCCAAUAAGCUGUGUGCGCCCAAGAAGGAAUACGCGGACAUUGCCAAUCGUGGGAUGUCCAUCUUCUACGACAACUGCAAGACAUGAUGAAGGUCCAACGGUCGCUCCACUUUCCCCUCAAAGUAUUACUACCGCGUCAUUUGGUAUUCCUGAAUUUACUACUUCCAAGGAUCAGUGAAUCUUAUGUGAUAAUUAUACAUGAUGUUAACUAGUGUUUACUUUUGUACCCUGUACAACGUCUAUUAUUUUUUUUUAUAAUAAAACAACCCAAAAAUGUAAAA